UCUCAGGUUUUGCUCAUGUGAUUGAACUAGUAGCGGUUGAGGUUUCUGUAUCUUCUUUUAAAGCCUCUGGAACUCGAUGGGUAAGAGUAAGACAAUUGAGUUGUUUGGGUUUCCUGACGUCUUGCCUGCGGAAAUAGUUAAGGAACUCAUAGAGCGACACACAGGCAGAGAUACAGUAGUUGCUUUAGAGGUUAGGGAGCCCAGAAAAAAGGGGUCCAGAGCAAAUGCUUUAGUUCAAUUCACAACUACCGGAAGUGCUAGUCAGAUUCUCUCCUUGUCUGAUCAGCGAAAGUUGUAUUAUCAAUCAUCUUAUUUGAAGUGUUUCCCAAAGAAAGCUAAUUUAGUACACAAGCCGAAGAAAUGUGAACAUGAUAUGGAAGGUGUAACUAUAUAUUUUGGAUGUCAGAUCUCAAAGGAGAAGUUUUCAGUGCUCUGGAAAAGGGAAGAUAUCUCAGUAAAAUUUGGUUUUGGACUAAGGAAAAAAAAACUGGAUUUCUUCAUGUCCUACCAAGAUCUUGAGUACAAGCUUGAGCUAUUUUAUGAGAACAUCUCGCAAAUUGAGCUAUAUUGUCCACAUGGUCAAAGAGCAAAGUUUCUGCUUAUUCAGUUGCUGGGUGCUCCCCGGAUCUACAAGACAAGUAAACAAUCUGCUUACAGCUAUUUUAUGGAAGCUCCUAAAGACCAAUGGGUCAGGGCCACAGAUUUCACCUCAUUGAACUAUAUUGGCCAAUCUUCGGCUUUUUGUUUGGAGCUUUCAUGCGGUGUUCCACUUCUGGACUUCAGUGAAUAUUUCCCUUCUUACAGAGAAAAUGAAAGGCCGUUCAUUUUGAAGAAGGGGUUCCCUUACUCCCAGAAUUUGGAGCUAGUACCCAUUGUUGGUCCACCUAAUGGUCUUGACUUGCCAUAUAAAAUACUAUUUAAGAUCUGCAUGCUGGUUCAAGAAGGGUAUCUUGCGGGACCCACACUUGAUAUGAACUUCUUUAGGUUGGUUGAUCCCCAGGUCAUUGAUAUCGGAUGUGUUGAACAUGCCCUAGACAAACUAUAUCAUCUAAAGGAGUGCUGCUAUGAACCUGUCAGGUGGCUCAGGGACGAAUACAUAAGAUACAUCACCUUAAGAAAACUUCCUAGAACACCUACCAUUAAAUUAGAUGAUGGAUUGGUAUAUGUACACAGGGUUCAAAUAACCCCUUGCAAAGUGUAUUUCUGUGGUCCAGAGGUUAAUAUGUCUAACCGGGUGUUACGCCAUUAUCAUCAAGAUAUUGAGAAUUUCCUUCGUGUUUCUUUUGUGGAUGAGGAGGGGAAGAAGAUGUUCUCAACCGAUUUAUCCCCACGGACACCCUUUUCAAGUGAGGAAAAAAGAACUCAAAUUUAUAGGCGUAUAUUAUCGGUUCUUAGGGAUGGCAUUGUUAUUGGAAAUAAGAAGUUUGAUUUUCUUGCCUUCUCGGGAAGUCAGUUGCGCGAUAAUUCUGCAUGGAUGUUUGCUUCAAGAAAUGGGCUUACUGCUGCUGAGAUAAGAAACUGGAUGGGCGACUUUCAUAGGAUUAGAAACGUGGCAAAAUAUGCCGCAAGACUUGGUCAAUCAUUCAGUUCCUCCACGGAAACUUUGAGUGUUGGUAGGCAUGAAAUUGAAGAUAUUCCUGAUGUUGAGAUUUUACAAGAUGGAAUCAAAUAUGUUUUCUCUGAUGGAAUCGGGAAAAUGUCUGCCGAAUUUGCUCACAGAGUGGCCAAGAAAUGUGGGCUUAAACGUUCAACUCCGUCCGCCUUCCAAAUCCGAUAUGGCGGUUACAAAGGAGUUGUGGCUGUGGAUCCCACAUCACAGAAAAAGAUGUCCUUAAGACCAAGUAUGUGCAAAUUCGAAUCCAUCAACACGAAAUUGGAUGUUUUGGAUUGGAGCAAAUAUCACCCUUGUUUCUUGAAUCGCCAAGUGAUCACUCUUUUAUCUACCCUUGAGGUUAAUGAUGACAUCUUUGAAAAGAAGCAAAGGGAAGCGGUAGAACAACUGGAUACCAUAUUAACCGAUCCAUCAAGGGCUCAGGAUGCAUUGGAAUUGAUGUCUCCUGGAGAGAACACAAACAUUCUUAAGGAAAUGCUUCUGUGUGGCUACAAGCCUGAUGCUGAACCAUUCCUCUCAAUGAUGCUGCAAACCUUUAGGGCAGCAAAGUUGUUCGAAAUACGAACUAAAACAAGGAUAUUUGUUCCAAGAGGAAGGUAUAUGAUGGGGUGUCUUGAUGAAACCAGAACAUUGGAAUAUGGGGAGGUAUUUGUUCAAAUUUCUGAGGCGGGAAACAGGUUAUUUUGUGAUAAUUCCCUUCUUAUGCUUAGUAGAAGCGACUCGAAUCGGGGUUAUCAUAUUGUUAAGGGUAUGGUAUUUGUUGCCAAAAACCCUUGCUUGCACCCGGGCGACGUUCGAGUCUUAAGGGCUGUUGAUGUUCCAGCGUUGCACCACAUGGUGGAUUGUGUGGUUUUCCCGCAAAAAGGAAUGAGACCUCAUCCGAAUGAAUGCUCAGGAAGUGAUUUGGAUGGAGACAUGUAUACUGUUUGUUGGGACCCUGAUCUUAUUCCACCGCGGCAAAUCGAUGCCAUGGAUUAUAGCCCUGCACCAACUAAGGAGGAGGAUCACGAUGUCACGAUUGAGGAAGUUGAGGAGUAUUUCACGAACUAUAUAGUCAACGACAGUCUGGGUAUUAUAGACAAUGCUCACACGGCUUUUGCAGACAGUGAACCUGAAAAAGCCAUGAGCGCUGCUUGUAUGCAGCUCGCAAAGCUACACUCGAUUGCAGUUGACUUCAAUAAGACCGGCGUGCCGGCAGAGAUACCUCCUCAAUUACGCGUUAAAACGUUUCCAGAUUUCAUGGAAAAGCCUGACAAACCUACUUACAAAUCAGAACGCGUGAUCGGAAAGCUUUUCCGAGCUGUGAAAAACAUUGCCCCGGAAACAAGCUCCACCAAGUCCUUCACGAGGGAAGUGGCUCGGCGGUCGUAUGAUCCCGAUUUGGAAGUGGACGGUUUCAGGGAUUAUCUCAUCGACGCUUUUGAUUACAAGACAGAGUACGACUACAAGUUGGGAAAUUUGAUGAAUUACUAUGAGAUCAAUACGGAAGCGGAACUACUAAGCGGUAGUAUAAUGAAAAUGACGUCAUCUUUCGAGCGGAACAAGGACGCGGAAGAUGUCGGAUUGGCCGUGAGGGCGUUGAGGAUGGAAGCGAAGGCAUGGUUCAACAUGGAUGCUGAAGGUGAAGACGUUUAUGCAAAAGCGUCGGCUUGGUACCAUGUUACCUAUCACCCAAGGUAUUGGGGUCGAUAUAACGUGGGAUUGUGCCGGGACCACUUCAUUAGCUUCCCGUGGUGUGUCUACGAUAAGCUGAUCCACAUCAAGAAAGUUAGAGCCAGCCUUACCAGGGCUCCCCAUCUGUCAUCGCUCGAACGGCAGUUCAGUCAGGAGUUGAACUUGGGGUAGAAAAUCUAUUUUCUUUUUAAUUAUCUAAGAUUGAAGAAUUUCAGUGUGGUUGCCGUUAAGUGUUCGAUAUUGUAUUGUUUAAGUGUGUUUAUUGUGAAUUUUUUUGCUUAUUUCUGUGUACAUAUAUGCCUGAACUGUUUGAUGUACAUACAGUUUGGCAGUGAUUAGAACUUGGUAUUCGAGAAUGCUGGAAUUUGCUGAUGAAAUCCUGUAACUAGAAGUAUGUUACUGGAAA